ACACAGGAUCGAUCCUUUCCUCAAUCCCCUCCACUACCAGGACCUGGUCCUGUUGCCCGUCAUCAAAGGCGGCAGCCCGCGCCUGUGCGACCACGUUUACAUCGACGUCCAUCCGACCAGGACGACCAAUUUGACCACAUUCCACACAGUCGAGCUCACCAUCAUCGACGUCAGCGUGCGGAGUGUCGGGAACGAAAUGGCCGCUGUCAAUCCGGCCAUCGACGACCGAUUUCUCCAGCUGGAGGAUCUCUGCUUCUCGGGUCUUUUCGUUCAAACCUCAAAGGAAUUUCAGACGAUCCAGGAGGAGCCGGAGCGGCAGCAAAUGAGCAUCGUUCUCAAACAGGUUUUGCUCAAGGGUCACAAGUACCGGUUUGUAUUACCUGGGCAAGGUUAGAGAGGAUUUCACAGAGCCAAUUACAAGAACGACGGCACUUCCUGCUGCCACCCGGGUUGGUUCUGCUGGCGACCGAGGCCCGUCGAGUUCUUUCGUGCCUGGACGAGCCGGGAUUUAAAACGACAUUUGACGUGGUUGUCGGUCACAGAAACGCCAUGACGACCCUGUCCAACAUGCCCGAAAUUUCCAGCCGUGCCAUGGCAACCACGCGCGAUUGGAUGUGGACGUCAUUUUCACGGUCGCCGCCCAUGCCCACCUAUUUAUUGGCCAUGUUCGUGACGGACUAUGAGAGUUUGGAGACGAUUUAUAAGUUGGACGGCGACCGGUCCGUCAAGUUGCGCUUCUGGGGACGGCCGGACCAGCUUCCUCAUCUCAAGGAAUCCAUGGCGGUCGCCGGCGACCUGCUCAACUAUUUGGUGAAAUAUGUCCGUCAGCCGUUCACUUUACCCAAAAUUGAUUUAAUUACCUCGCCAAUUCAACUCCAUUUUGAGGCCAUGGAGAACUGGGGUCUCAUCCUCUUUCGGGAAAUCCGACUUUAUCACAACAAGGAAACUGACAGCGAGGACGACAGUUUUACUCUCAUUCAGAUAAUGGCGCACGAGUUGGCGCAUCAGUUUUUCGGCAACUUGGUUACUUCCAAUUGGUGGAUUGACAUUUGGUUUAACGAAUGCAUGAGUUUACUCUUCGAGAUGGAAUCAACCGAUUAUGCAAAUGCUAAACGACACGUAUCGUUGUGUAGCCGAACGCCACAAAUCCAUUCGAUCCGCCAUGAAAUUCGAAGAGGAGCGAACAGAACCGCUGACGGUUAUCUGACAAGUGGAGACGGCCGAAGAAGCUGAAAAGAUGUUGAUCCACUUUCCUAUAUUAAAGGAAGUGGAAUACACCAAUAGAUUCAAGUUCGAGAAAAUGGAUCCGAUUUGUGAUCCGCUGGAUGGAGUCGGCUGCCUGAACUGGAGUGACGACGGUGGGUGUGUCGAUCAGGUCAUGCGCCUCUUUCACGCUCAAAUGGACGGUUCAAUCACCCCCGAAGAGAAAAAGGCAAUGACGGAAUAUUUGGAGCGCAAUUGGUGUGCGGUGAUUCGCUACGAUGGUAAGGAAGAAUGGAACUGGGCGUGGCGAGCUAGUCUCUGCGACAUGUGGUCGUCACAGCGAACAAAGAUCUUAUCGGCUAUGAGUUGCAGUCAAGAUCGUUAUCGUUUGAAACAGCUUCUUUCGCGCGUGUUUUCGCCGACCAUCGAACAGGACCCGACCGACACGUUCGCCACCAUCGAGAAGAUGACGGAAAAUCACGUCGCUCGUUCCAUGGUGUUGACAUUUUUGGCGACCAACUGGGAGAUCCUAGGGCGACAGGAACACAUUUAAUUUUAGAUUUUUAAUACGUCGGGUUUUUUAAAAACAUUUUGAUUUGUGUGGACUUUUAGUUUCAGAAGUUUUACUUUCAUCGACUUUUAGUUUCAUCGAAUUCAAUUGGCCGUGCUGUUAUCGUGUUACCGUAGUUGCAUUAUUAUUUUAAUAAUGCAAAAUCCCCCAAAAAUAUGGGGAUGUGUAUGUAAGCAAGUAAUAAACAUGUUUUCGGGUUUGGGAAAGGAAAGUGGUAGAUGUUGGAGGGGGGGGAUAUUUCAAGUUUGGAUAACAACAGUUAAUUUUAACCCUACAAACAUAUUCCUACCAAUUAAUCUCCAAAUUCCACAAACUUAUACCUUCCAAUUCUUCACACCCCACAAACAUACACCUACCAACCCUUAAACCUAUACCCUUGACCCUAUAAACCAAUGUUAAACCCUAACAAUGUGAUGACUGUAAAAAAUAAAAAUUUUAAUACAUAAAACUGUUUUUUAUUA